CCACCAUCUUCGGUUUAUUCACUCCUUCGCUCUCUGUAGUCAUCAACCGCCAAACCAGACACACAUGGCGCUCGCCAAACCCCCACCGCAACUCGAUCUACAACACGAGGUGGUUCUCGCCGUAUCCGCCGACGAGGCCAGAUUUGCUCGCGAGGAUGUCAAGCGUCUACUCAAGCAAAGGACAAACUGCACUCUGAGCGAGUACAUGUACUAUGACUGCGCUCUGCCCUCAAAAAUUGAGGAUGAGGCGAAAUGCCGCCCAAUCGUGCGAUAUUUUGCAGUUUGCCGAGAUCGUCGCUCAAAGCAGGUUGCUGCAGAAAUCACCAACGAGCAGUCACUGGAUCUGGCAGAGGUCAAGCUGCCUCCAGUACCAGCAGCAGCAUCCAACACCAGCUUCCCAUUCAAAAACAGCUGAGCUUCCUACGUCUAUCGCAGCAAAAAACACAGAGCCUACAAUACACACCAGACUGCGCAUAAAAGACAGCAGCGCAUCUACCGCGACUUGUACAUAGCAAUAAUAAGAUACGAAUAGUUUUAUUAUU